GGUCUUAUCCCCCGCCUUAGGACCUGCAUGCAGGCAUGGUACGUAUUUAUGUAGAUAAGGUUAUCUACCUAGUCUGCUAGCAUACAUAAGAAGUAUACCAUGCUUCUUCAUAUUCUUAAUUCGUACAUCGUAAAAGGAACUAGCUUUAAGCACAUCCGAUUUUCCGACAAGUCGGUCAGCCAAAGGAUCGAUUUAAUUUAUCAUUCCUCAAGUCCAAAUUGCGACAAUGCCUGAGACUCAGGCCCGCCGACGUCGCCAAUCGCGCCGUAACAAUGAGCGGGACGAUUCUGAUGUUUCUGAAGAGGACCAAGAUGGUGACGUCGAAAUGGGGAGAACGGGCGAUGGCGCAGAGGACCAGCUAGUGAAAAAGCUCGUAAGAUAUGCCCUAGCAUGCGAGUACGCGAGGAUCCCUAUCAGGAGAGACGGCAUUAGGGAUAAGGUUUUGGGAACCAAUUCCAGGUCGUUUAAGCGAGUGUUUGAAGGAGCGCAAUCACGACUCCAACAGGUUUUUGGUAUGGAGAUGCUUGAAUUGCCUGCCAAGGAAAAGCGCACACUUAAGGAAAAGCAGAAGGCGAACGCUAGGAAAGCUGCAUCGCAAAAUACUACGUCCUCACGACAGUAUAUCUUAGUUUCUACGCUGCCACCGGAAUACAAAUUUCAGUCCAUUAUCGCGCCAUCGAAAAUACCAAGCUCGUCUGAAGAAGCUGCAUACGUCGGGUUUUACACCAUGGUUAUCUCGUUGAUCGUACUCAACGGAGGAGAAUUGAGCGACACGAAGCUAAGGCGAUAUCUUGCCCGCAUGAAUGCUAGCCAGAAUUUGCCAAUGGACAAGACCGAUAAUGUUCUACAGAAGAUCGUGAGACAGGCCUAUGUUGACAAGGUGGUGGAAAAGACUGAGGGCGAUGAUGAUGCCAUAACCUGGUGCAUCGGACCCCGAGGAAGAGUUGAGGUUCCGCCUGAGAGCAUUGCUGCCGUUGUUACCGAAGUAUGGGGUGAUCUCCCGGAUGACUUCAACAAGAAGCUGCAGAGAAGUCUGGGGAUGCAGAAGCCUCGGCAACGCGAGGCCGAAAAUAGCAUUCUCGAGGAAUGAGGUGUAGAUUAAGGUUGGUGUACCUAGAGUACUUGGCGAUUAUUGAUCAUGAUAUGAUAAAUAACGGUGCACGGUUAGCCUACAGACAUGUAUCUUUGGCGCAGCUACUGGCCUAAGCUGGCCGCCAAAACCAAUGCG